AUGGCGUUUGUUUUCCCUGCAUUUGCCUACAUAGUUGCAUUGAUCAGUGAUGCUGUGCUUAUUUUCUUUUCCAUUUUUCAUGUGAUAGCAUUUGAUGAACUAAAGACUGAUUACAAAAAUCCAAUUGAUCAAUGUAACAGUUUAAAUCCACUUGUUUUACCAGAAUAUAUACUUCAUAUAUUUUUUAAUCUCUUGUUUUUGUUAUCUGGACAGUGGCUUUCUUUAUGUUUGAAUGUGCCACUUAUUGCCUAUCAUAUAAACAGAUACAGAACAAGGCCUGUGAUGUCCGGACCUGGUCUUUAUGAUCCUACUAGUAUUAUGAACGCAGAUGUCUUGACGACCUGUCAAAGAGAAGGAUGGGUAAAACUAGCCUUCUACUUGCUAUCAUUUUUUUAUUAUCUAUAUGGUAUGAUUCAUUCACUCAUCUCAACGUAA